AUCUUGUUUUGAGUCAAGAUUCCUCCUUCUGAACAUGGGACUUUCCAGCAGGAACACAGCUCCUUCCGUGCACUCGUUUGGCCUAGGAUGAAUAUCCUGGUUUGUUGAGAGAGUCUUCCAAAGGAGGACGUCAGCCAUGUGGUCCCUCUGGAGUCUUCUUCUCUUUGAAGCACUCCUUCCGGUUAUGGUUAUCGGUGUUCAAGUGCUAAGCAAGGUAGGGGACUCCAGGCUGCUGGUGGCUGAGUGUCCUCCGGGCUUCCAAGUGCGCGAGGCUAUCUGGAGAUCUCUGUGGCCAUCAGAGGAGCUCCUGGCCACAUUUUUCCAUGGUUCCUUGGAGACUCUGUAUCACUCUCGUUUCCUGGGCCGAGUCCAGCUAUAUGACAACCUCAGCCUGGAGCUUGGACCCCUGAAAACUGGAGAUAGCGGCAAUUUCUCCGUGCUGAUGGUGGAUACAGGGGGUCAAACCUGGACCCAGACCCUGCAUCUCAAGGUGUACGAUGCAGUACCCAAGCCUGAGGUUCAAGUGUUCACUGCUGCAACAGAGGAGACUCAACCCCUCAAUACCUGUCAGGUCUUCUUGUCCUGCUGGGCCCCCAACAUCAGUGACAUAACCUACAGCUGGCGACGGGAGGGGACAAUGGACUUUAACAGGGGACUGCACAGCCUUUUCUCAGAUGGACAGGUGUUAAGUGUCUCAUUGGGACUGGGGGACAAGAAUGUGGCCUUUACCUGCAUUGCCUCCAACCCUGUCAGCUGGGAUAUGACCACAGUCACCCCCUGGGAAAGCUGCCAUCAUGAGACAGCCUCUGGGAAGGCAUUCUACAAGGAUGUGCUACUGGUAGCCGUGCCAAUUACACUGUUCCUGAUUCUGGCUGGUCUCUUUGGGGCAUGGCACCAUGGCCUCUGCUCAGGGAAGAGGAAGGAUGCUUGCACUGACAGAGUGCUUCCAGAGACAGAGAAUGCCGUCGUAUAGAGGAUGUCAUGAGAGACAACAUGAACUGGUGCUUGAUGAGAUACCCUGCCCAGCCACAUGAUGCUCCACACCUAGACACCUCCAGGAUCCUCAUAACUUCCACAGGUCGGUCUGCCUCUAGUGGACAACCAAGAAAGCCCACCAUCCUGGAACAAUAUCACCUUGGCCCAAACUUCCUCCCUUCUCCAUCCUGUUUACACAUGCUGGAUCCUCUCUGGGCAAAGUGGACUACUAGGAAGCUUCCUUAAGAACACUGGACUUUCUCUAGGCUCCACAAGGACAUUGAUUAUCCAAGGCAUCCAUUCUUCUACCACUGUACAUAAGGUCUUGCCCAACCAAGGGACUGCCUCCAGGCCAGGACCUGGGCUCGAAGAGAGAUCAGAUGUUUGAACUAACCAUAGCCAAUUCCAACCCCAGCCCCAGAGUCUUGUGUUCAAGAUGUUAUCAUCAGAAAAGCCACAGAACAGGGAAAGAUGGAGGGCAGGGCUUUCUCUUUCUGGCCUGAAGGACUUUAAGAUCAUCUGAGUUCAAGGGCCCUGAAGGUAAAUUGAGGUUACAGAUGAUGAGAGAUAGCUAAUGUGCCAUGCUGGGAUAGAAGCCAUUUUUCUGGUAAUACCAUAUUAAUAGGCAUCUUCGUUAACAUUAA